AUGCGUGUAGCUCCCAAAAAUUUCAUAUCCAUACUCUGUUCCGAAUUUUGAAUCUAGCUUCGAAACGGGUCCAAAACAGAAAAUCGCACAAGAGUAGAAUCCUCUCGCAAAAUUUCAUUUCCGAAUUUGGGGAUUUUCUUCACCCAGAUCAGGAAAUUAAGCUUUGUUGAACAUGGAUUCGAAGGCUGCGAAAACCGCCCGGGAGUCUCUGGACCUGGCAUUUCACAUGUCGAAUAUACUCGAGACGGGGCUUGAUCGCCACACCCUCUCUGUGCUCAUUGCUCUAUGCGAUUUGGGUCUCAACCCUGAGGCUUUGGCUGCUGUUGUUAAGGAACUCCGAAGAGAAACCUUGUCGAUGUCACCGACUGUUCCUCCUCCAUCAUCAUCUUAGACCUGAGCAGGUUUAUUCCUCUUUUGAUUUGUGAAGUUUGUCUGUUUACUUGUAGCUACAACUUUCUGUUGUUGAGCGAUUGAAGUACUGUAGUCAUAGCAGGUUUUUUAUUUUGUUAUCUGGAACUACAGGAAACGAAAAUGUGCAUUAUUAGCAUGAAGUAGAAUUUGUUUGUGGUGUAUAAGUACUUUCCAAAUUAGUGAUACUAUGCUUAGAAGGUAUUGUGUAUUUUUUUGAAAUAUGUUUUUGCCAUUUGUAUGGUACGUUUGGAUGAAUUUUUCAGUUUGAUAGAUCUUAAUGUUAUGCCUGAUGUCCGAGAUGACGUUGGAACACUGUCUGGGACACUAGUUAUUCAGUUUACUCUACUGAUUAAAUUAAACAACUCAGUAAAACCAAUAAAGAAUAAAAGAUAAAUGAACACGCAAUAUGGUAUCACAGUUCGGUGCUCACACCUACUCUGCGGGGCCACGCCCAGACA